AUGGACCACGAAAAUGAUCCAGGGUGGCAAUAUUUGCGCCUUUCCCGCGAAGUUAUGCUUCAGGUAUGUCAUUGCGGGUAGCUGGUCUGAGUUAUAUAUUUCGUAUUUUCCACUUGACCACCUUUAGGAACAAUCCAAGCCCUAUGACUCCAAGAAGAACUGCUGGGUCCCCGAUCCCGAGGAGGGCUACGUAGCCGCUGAGAUCAAGAGCACCGCAGGAGAUGACAUCACUGUCGUCACCAGCAAGGGUAACGAACAAACUAUGAAGAAAGAGUUGGUCCAGGAAAUGAACCCUCCUAAGUUCGAGAAGACCGAGGACAUGUCCAACUUGACCUUCUUGAACGACGCUUCUGUCUUGGGAAACUUGAGAUCCCGUUACGCUGUCUUGCUCAUCUACGUAAGUAAUCUCACUAUUUCUUGAAGUCGUCUUUCAGACCUACUCCGGUCUCUUCUGUGUCGUCAUUAACCCCUAUAAGAGACUUCCCAUCUACACCGAUUCGGUUGCUCGCAUGUUCAUGGGUAAACGUCGUAAUGAGAUGCCUCCACAUCUCUUCGCCGUCUCCGAUGAGGCCUACCGUAACAUGUUGCAAGACCACGAGAACCAGUCCAUGCUUAUUACCGGCGAAUCUGGAGCCGGAAAGACCGAGAAUACCAAGAAGGUUAUUGCCUACUUCGCUGCCGUCGGUGCCUCUCAGCAAGAGGCUGCCGAUGCCAAGGCCGGUGUUGUCACCCAGGUUGAUACCAAGCGUGUUACUCUUGAGGACCAGAUCGUCCAGACCAACCCUGUGUUGGAAGCCUUCGGUAACGCCAAGACGGUCCGAAACAACAACUCUUCCCGUUUCGGUAAAUUCAUCCGAAUUCACUUCAACAGAGCCGGCCGCGUCGCUUCUUGUGACAUUGAGCACUGUAAGUUAUCACUUAUUUUAAAAGUAAUAAAAUUUUUAACAGAUCUUCUUGAGAAGUCUCGUGUCAUCCGUCAAGCCCCAGGAGAACGUUGUUAUCACAUCUUCUACCAAAUCUUCUCCGGUUUCAAACCCGAGCUGAUCAAGACCCUUCAACUCGACAAACCAGUCAAGGACUACUGGUUCAUCGCUCAAGCCGAGUUGACCAUCGACGGUAUUGAUGAUAAGGAAGAGCAUCAACUGACUGAUGAAGCCUUCGAUGUCCUCAACUUCAGUGCUGAUGAGAAGUUGGACUGUUACAAACUGAUGUCUGGUAUCAUGCAUAUGGGUAACAUGAAGUUCAAACAGCGCCCACGUGAAGAACAAGCCGAGCCUGAUGGAACCGAUGAAGCCGAAAAGGCCGCAGCAAUGUACGGCAUUGAUACCGAAGUGUUCUUGAAGGCCCUGACCAAGCCUCGCGUCAAGGUCGGUACUGAGUGGGUAUCCAAGGGUCAGAACAUGGAACAGGUCAACUGGGGAAUUGGAGCCAUGUCCAAGGGUCUCUAUGCUCGCGUGUUCCACUGGUUGGUAGCCAAGUGCAACAUGACUCUUGACCAGAAGGGUCUAUCUCGUGAUCACUUUAUCGGUGUAUUGGAUAUCGCCGGUUUCGAGAUCUUUGAUUUCAAUAGUUUUGAACAACUGUGGAUCAACUUCGUAAACGAAAAGUUGCAACAGUUCUUCAAUCACCACAUGUUUGUCCUCGAGCAGGAAGAGUACGCCCGUGAAGGUAUCCAAUGGACCUUCAUCGAUUUCGGUCUUGACUUGCAAGCUUGUAUCGAACUUAUUGAAAAGGUAGGAUAGUCAAAGCACCAGGUUAGAUUUAAUUUUAGCCCAUGGGUAUCAUCUCCAUGUUGGAUGAAGAAUGUAUUGUACCCAAAGCCACUGAUUUGACCCUUGCUCAGAAAUUGCUUGAUCAACAUUUGGGCAAACACCCCAACUUUGAAAAGCCCAAACCACCAAAGGGUAAGCAAGGAGAUGCUCACUUUGCCAUGCGACAUUAUGCUGGAACCGUGCGUUACAACGUCACCAACUGGUUGGAGAAGAACAAGGACCCUCUCAACGACACCGUGGUCUCUGUUAUGAAGGCUUCUCAAGCCAACGCUCUCUUAUUGGAAGUCUGGAAGGACUACACCACUCAAGAAGAAGCCGCUGUUAAGGCCAAGGAAGGCGGUGGUGGCGGCGGCGGAAAGAAGAAGGGAAAGUCUGGAUCUUUCAUGACUGUCUCCAUGAUGUACAGAGAGUCUCUGAACAAGCUGAUGACCAUGUUGCACUCCACUCACCCUCACUUCAUCCGUUGUAUUAUCCCCAACGAGAAGAAGCAGUCUGGUGUGAUCGAUGCUUCUUUGGUGCUCAACCAGCUGACCUGUAACGGUGUGCUGGAAGGUAUCCGUAUUUGCCGAAAAGGUUUCCCCAACAGAACCGUCCAUGCUGACUUCCGUCAGCGUUACUCAGUCCUUGCUGCUGACGCCGCCAAGUCCUCUGAAGACCCGAAGAAGGCUGCCGAAGCCAUCCUUCAACAACUUGUCAAUGAAGGAAAACUGACUGAAGAGAACUUCCGUGUCGGUCUCACCAAGGUGUUCUUCAAGGCUGGAGUCUUGGCCGCUCUUGAAGAUCUUCGUGAUGAGAAAUUGGGACAAAUCAUGACCGGAUUCCAAGCUACCAUUCGUUGGUACCUCGGUUUGGCUGACCGUCGUCGCCGUAUGCAACAGCGCGCUGGUCUCCUCAUCCUCCAACGGAACAUCCGUUCAUGGUGUACUCUGCGUACAUGGGAAUGGUUCAAGUUGUACGGUAAAGUAAAGCCCAUGUUGAAGGCUGGAAAGGAAGCCGAAGAGAUGGAAAAACUCGGCGAAAAAAUGAAGGAAUUGGAAGACGCCUUGGCCAAGGAACAACAACUCCGCAAGGAAGCCGAAGACCAAGGAGCCAAACUUGUUGAGGAGAAGAAUCAACUCUUCACUAACUUGGAAACUACCAAGACCCAACUUUCUGAGUCUGAAGACAAGCUCUCCAAGCUCACCAGCCAGAAGGGAGACCUGGACCGUCAACUCAGCGAACUGAAUGACCGAUUGGGUGAUGAAGAAGACCGUAACGCUGACUUAUCUCGAGCCAAGAAGAAGGUCGAGAGCGAGCUCGAAAACUUGAAGAAGCAGAUCCAGGAUCUCGAACUUUCUCUGCGCAAAUCUGAAUCGGAGAAACAGUCCAAGGACCACCAGAUCCGUUCCCUUCAAGAUGAGAUGCAACAACAAGAUGAGAACAUUGCUAAGCUAAACAAGGAGAAGAAGCAUCAAGAGGAGAUCAACCGUAAGCUCCAAGAGGACCUUCAAUCCGAAGAAGACAAGACCAACCACACCAACAAACUGAAGACAAAGCUGGAACAAAACCUUGACGACCUCGAGGACACUCUCGAACGCGAAAAGCGUUCUCGUGCUGAGAUCGAAAAGCAGAAGAGAAAGGUUGAAGGAGAGCUGAAGAUUGCUCAAGAAAACAUUGACGAGGUCUCCAAGCAGAAGACCGAUGUUGAGAACAACCUUAAGAGAAAGGAGGCCGAACUUCACUCUGUCUCCUCCAAACUCGAGGAUGAACAGUCCCUGGUCGGCAAACUCCAACGCCAGAUCAAGGAACAGCAAGCCCGCAUCGGUGAGCUUGAAGAGGAGAUUGAGAGCGAACGUGGUGCCCGCUCGAAGGCUGACCGCACUAAGUCCGAACUCCAACGUGAGUUGGAAGAACUCUCCGAGCGUCUUGACGAACAAGGUGGCGCUACUGCCGCCCAAGUUGAGGUUAACAAGAAGCGUGAAGCUGAGUUAGCCAAACUUCGCCGCGAUCUCGAAGAGGCUAACCUCAACCACGAAACUCAACUAGGAUCUCUCCGUAAAAAGCACACCGACGCUGUUGCCGAAUUAAGCGACCAACUUGAACAGCUUCAAAAACAGAAGCAGAAGGCCGAGAAGGAUCGUCAACAAAUCCAACACGAGUUGGAAGAUCUCCAAAGUCAGAUAGACUCUGAAAGCUCUGGCCGUUUAAACAGCGAGAAAGUAGCCAAGCAAUUUGAACUUCAAUUGGGAGAACUUCAAGCCAAGUGCGAUGAGCAAUCUCGUUUGCUGCAAGACUUCACUUCUCUUAAGGGGCGUCUGCACAAUGAAAACGGCGACCUUAGCCGUCAAUUGGAAGAAGCCGAGUCUCAGGUCAACAACCUUUCCCGUCUGAAGUCUCAACUCACCAGCCAGCUGGAAGAGGCUCGCCGCACCGCCGACGAAGAAGCCCGCGAACGCCAGGCCGCCGCUGCAUCUGCCAAAAACUAUCAACACGAAUUGGAACAACUUCAGGAAUCCCUGGAAGACGAGAUUGAAUCUAAGAACGAGGUUCUCCGUCAGUUGAGUAAAGCCAACGCCGAAAUCCAACAAUGGAAGACCCGUUUCGAGGGAGAAGGUAUCCUCAAGGCCGACGAAUUGGAAGAUGCCAAGAAGCGUCAACAACAGAAGAUCAACGAACUUCAGGAAGCCCUUGAUGCUGCCAACUCCAAGAUUGCUAACCUUGACAAAACUCGCUCUCGUCUCUGCAACGACUUGGACGAUGCUCAGGUUGAUGUUGAACGCGCCAACUCCUUCGCCGCCCAGAUGGAAAAGAAACAGAAGGGCUUCGACAAGAUCAUCGACGAAUGGAAACACAAGGUGGACGACCUCAACGCAGAGCUUGAUGCAGCUCAACGUGACAGCCGUAAUGCCGCCACCGAACUCUUCCGUGCCAAGAACUCGCAAGAGGAACUUCAAGAAGUCGUUGAAGGUCUCCGCCGUGAGAACAAGAACCUUGCGCAGGAGAUCAAGGACCUCACUGACCAGCUUGGAGAGGGCGGACGUUCUGUCCACGAGAUGCAAAAGAUCAUCCGUCGACUCGAGAUCGAGAAAGAAGAGCUCCAACAUGCUCUCGACGAGGCUGAGGCAGCCCUUGAGGCCGAAGAAUCGAAAGUUCUCCGUGCCCAAGUCGAAGUGUCUCAAAUUCGUUCCGAAAUCGAAAAGAGAAUCCAAGAGAAAGAAGAGGAAUUCGAAAACACCAGAAAGAACCACCAACGCGCCAUGGACUCAAUGCAAGCUUCCUUGGAAAGCGAAGCCCGAGGCAAGGCUGAGUUGUUGCGCGUAAAGAAGAAGUUGGAAUCUGACAUCAAUGAACUCGAAAUUGCUCUCGAUCAUGCCAACAAGGCCAAUGCUGAUGCACAGAAGAACUUGAAACGUCAUCAAGAACAAAUCCGCGAAUUGCAGCUUCAAGUUGAAGAAGAACAACGUACCCGUGACGAUCUUCGUGAACAAUACCUCAACGCCGAAAAGAGAGCCACCAUCCUCCAAUCAGAGCGCGAAGAAAUUGCCGUUGCUUUGGAACAAGCUGAGCGUGCUCGCAAGCAGGCGGAGUAUGAAGCUCAAGAUGCUCGCGAACAGGCCAACGAGGCCAACGCCCAACUCAACUCCCUCAACGGAUUGAAACGCAAAUUGGAAGGUGAACUCCAGGCCCUUCAUGUGAGUAAUUAAUUUCUUGUAGGCGUACAGUGCGCGCGCUCUUUGGUAAAAAUAUCUGGGAUUUGUUUUAAAAAAUCCAUUUCGUGAGGCCCUUACUUUUGAAAUGCGCGCUCCCCCCUCACUGUUAGCGCUGAUCAAGACAAGGAUCAUUUAGUCAGAGUCCAUCUCGUAUUUAUUUCGGUAAUAUUACGCUAAUGAGGAGGCGGAGAGUACCUAUUAGACAUCACAGUUUCCACUAUUAUGAGGUCCACGAUGAAGAGGAGGAAGCGGAGCAGCCAAAAGUAAAUAAAAGGGGAAAGUAAUUCUACGAUUAAUGAACUAAUUUCAGGCCGAUCUCGAUGAAACACUCAACGAAUACAAGUCUGCCGAAGAACGAUCCAAGAAGGCUAUGGCUGAUGCCUCAAGGCUCGCUGAAGAACUCCGCCAAGAGCAAGAGCACUCUCUUCACAACGAACGUCUCCGCAAGGGACUUGAACAACAAGUCAAGGAGAUGCAAGUCAGACUUGACGAGGCCGAAGCCGCUGCACUCAAGGGUGGCAAGAAGGUCAUUGCCAAACUCGAACAACGUAUCCGUGAAGUAGAAUCUGAAUUGGAUGGAGAGCAACGUCGCUUCCAGGAUGCCAACAAGAAUGCCAGCAAACUGGAUCGCAGAGUUCGUGAACUCCAAUUCCAGAUCGAUGAAGACAAGAAGAACUUCGAAAGAAUGCAAGACCUCGUUGACAAACUCCAGAACAAACUCAAGACCCAGAAGAAACAGCUUGAGGAGGCUGUAAGCAAUGAUUUUUUAUCAUUCUGUCGGGAAAAUAGUGAGCGCAGUGUCGCUGCGCCAUCCACGUCGCUGAAGUGAAAAGCAGUUUGACUUUGUCGUGGCAAAAUUAAUUUUCUCGGCGGCGAUGCGACUUUGAUGCGACAUAGUGCUCACUAUUUUCCCGUCAGACUGAUAUAUCGAAUAAUAAAUGACCACAUUCAAAUAAUUAUUUUCCUAUUUCAGGAGGAAGUUGCCAACACCAACCUCCAGAAGUACCGCCAACUCCAACACCAGUUGGAAGACGCCGAAGAGCGUGCCGAUGUUGCCGAGAACUCUCUCUCCAAGAUGCGUGCCAAGAGUCGUUCGGCCGCCUCUGUUGCCCCCGGUGGUGGAAUCCAGACCUCCCAGUCUGCCGCCAUUCUCCGUCAGCCAUCUCGUUCUCGCAUUUCUUCCUCCAACCUCGCUGAUCUUUAA